AUUAAAGAAAAUCUUAAAAAAUUAAAGAAAAUGUCUACCAAAAUUCCUCUUAUUACUAAAAAGCCCUUGAUAACGACUGGAAAUCCUAAAUCACAUAAAAUUAUAAAUAGAUGCUCGGACAACAAAAGUGUUACUUAUGAAAUCGUGAAAGUGAGAUAUGGCGCUAGUGCAGUUCUUAACUGUUCCAAGAUGAUCAAAGCUAUGAAAUUGAUUAACAAAAAUGGCAAACUAGUAUGGUUCAAAUCCAGAUGUUACAUGAUGAAUUCACGAGUGAACGUUGCCCCUGUUAAAUCCGAUAUUUCGGGAAAAUAUGGCGAAUAUUUGAAUCUAACUUUCACUCAAUUGGUAGGGGAUGAUUAUAUAUUUUCCUGCCGAUUUAACCCACGGAUAGGAAAUAAGACUAAAAAAAGCGGGCCGAUUGUUAAUAUUCUAAAAUUUAAUAUCUCUGUCGUCCUCAAAGCAGAUAAAAUAAUUCCGGUCAUUAAGAUCAAAGACACGAAAAAGUCACCAUCGUCUAUCAAGAUGGACAAGAUUAAUCUUAACACAAUCAGUUCCGACAUGGAUAUAGGUAAGGUCACAAAGCAAAAGGGUAACACUCAUGUUUUGUACGCUGAAAUCGGUGAGCAAAAAAGUUUGAAUUGCUCUUUUUGGACAAAGAAUGAUCCGAAGAAUGAUAAGCCCGGUAAAUUGGAUUGGAAUAAAUUGUUACCCGCGUCACCUUGCAUAAAGCAACGGCUAAAUAAAAAGGCCGUGGUGGAGGGAAAAACUAACAAAAAAUUCGAAAUAUUGAGAAUCCCUAACUUCGAAGUCAGUGAUUAUGGGAUAUAUCAGUGCGAGGGUAGAAAAAAUAAAGCGAUAAAGUCAAAGUCUAAAGAUAUAUUUGUAUCAACUUAUUUCGUGAUUUUGCCAAAGCUAAAAGGUUCUGAAUCGAACGGAUAUAGUUACUCAAUGAACUCUAGCCAAGGAUUUUACGAUAGGAAAGAAUCCAUGGGUUUAAAUCUUAACUCCAAGGUAAAAUUGGACUGCACUGUAUGGCUCAACGCUUUAAUUGGUAAUAAACUGAACGAAAAAUCGGGUAGCAAAGCCGGUAAGAACUCUCCUAAAAGCAAAUACGAUCUGCAUUGGGAAAAGAUAGCUGAUAUGAAAACUGGUAUAUCCCCCAAAAAGGGUAUUCCUAAAUCGUAUAAAGUUAAAAAAAUCAAGGGACCCAUCCUGAACAUUGCCCGCAUAAGUAAAUCCGACUACGGCACCUACCAAUGUGUAUCUAGCCCUCCCAUCUCUUAUAACUCUUUAGCGGUAUCCAAGAUCAUAAUUGUCGAGUUAAACGAAUUCAAAUCAGAAAAUUUAAGUGAUAGUAUGGAAAACGAUAUCGAUGAUGACUUUAAAGGAUUUUCUUUUCCAUCUUUUCGAACGCCAGAUAUAAAAUUUCCUAAUUUCAAGGACUUUACCUUACCUCCUUUUCCAAAAUUCCCAACCUUUCCACCACAUUUUUUUCCGAAUAUCAAUGUCCCAGAUUCACCGAACGCAAUUGUAAAAGCGUGGUCCCAAUUCGUCAAGAUAGGCACUAAAGCGAUAUUAAAUUGUUCCACUAAAUUUAAUAACUUGAACUCUAACAUGAAAUGGGCUAAGAUGAGCAGAGUAGCUAACUUUGAUAAAGCCCCGUCCAAAAGUGUUCUGAGGGUAAUCUCGAAAGUGCGAGACAAAGAUUUGGGAAUUUACAAAUGUUUUUCUGCUUACAGGAACCUUCAGUUUGAAGGAUAUAUCUUGCUGCAUAAUAACAAGCUUUUGAAAAAUGGCACACCAUUGGAUAUUUCCCCGUUAUUACAAAACCCUCUUCUAUUCGACAAAAUCUUAAUUCGCGUUAAACCUAACUCAGGAAUAAGUAUAAGUCUUAAUUGUCCUUUAUACGGUAUAAACUUCCCAAAUACCCCUUGGAAAAAACUAACGAGUUCGGAGAUUAAGGGAGUAGACACUCAUAGUAAAUUAGUAAAAAGACCUCAAAAACCGAUCAAAAAAGCAAAAUAUCUACCUAAUGGAUCGCUUUUCAUGUCGAAUAUAACCAAGGAAGACCUAGGACUGUACGCUUGCUACUCACCCUACGACGAUAAUCAACAAGCGUUCGUGGAAGUAAAAGCUAUGAGUUCUAACAUCACUUGGAACUUUGAAACUUUCAUAAAAGCCAUCAGGUUAUUGAAAGCGGAACUCAGUAUGGGCGAAAACAUCAUGCAAAUAAAUAUGUUACCGAAAACAAAGUUAAACAUGACCCAAAUAAAGGUGAAUCGCACGGUGUUCUUGAAAGAAAGCGAGAAAAAGGUCGUAGCUAACCCCACGUAUGUUAAAGAGAAGGACACUCUGGUUCUCAAAUGCCCGGCUAAAGUAGCGAAGAAUGUAAAAAACGCGAAAAUAAGGGUGCAAACUAAGAGAAGUAUAAUAGAAUGGAAGAGAAUUUUAGCAGACGGUGUUAAAAUGCCAGAUAUUAUGCCCAAGAGAGCCAAGAUUACAAAUGGCGGAUUUACGCUCACUAUUCCAGCUAUCAAAUCAUCCGAUUACGGAAUAUACAAAUGUUUUAGCGCUAAUUCUGAACACUAUUUCUUAGUGCAUCACAAUAAUAUGCUCAAAAAACAUGGUGCUACCGAUCUCGAUUUUUAAAUAUCAAAUAAGAGCUUAUCACAUAAUUACAGCAAUCAUUUUCAAUUUUAUAUUGUAUACAUAAAAUAUUAAACAUAUAAUAUUAUAAUAUUAAAUUUUACCUUCAUUUUGUACAAAUCACUUUUAAAUA